AUGCAAGUUAGUAGACUACCAGGAUUGAACAAUAUUCCAAGAAAUCUUAAAAGGCAGACUACUGACAACUCACAAUGUCCAGUUUCAUCAUCGACAUUGUUUGGUCCUGACAGCUUGACAAGGAAUAAAUCUGCUAGUGACAAGCUUGAGCAGGUGUCUUUGGCAGAUAAACCCUCAUCUACAUGUACAUGUUUGUCCAAGAUUGAAGUACUGUCCACAUCAAACGAGGGUAAAAACCGUGUAUGGGACAAGAAGCAUUAUUGCAUGUUUUGCUACAAGGCAUUUGCAAAGCUUCCCAGACAUUUAGAAAGCCAACACAAAGAAGAAGCUGAGGUUGCUGCGGUUCGAUCAACUAUUAGAUCUGAGGAAAGAGUGCAACAGUUGUGUACAUUGCGAAAUGUUGGCAAUCAUAUUCACAACUGUGAGGUUCUGCGAAAAGGAGAGGGCAAACUCAUUGUUGCUUAUCGACCAAGUAGAAACAAUUCUGUUGCAAACGACUAUGGCCCAUGUCCAUUUUGCUAUGGUUACUAUGUUCGUACAGAGUUGUGGAAGCACAAAUGUCCAAUGCAAAUUGUAAAGGAAGACUCUGAGGAGGAAGUUGUGGAUAAACUUGGUGUUCCAGCUUCCAAAAGAAGAAAAAUCCAUGGGAGAAGAGCAUAUGAGAGUCAACUCUUGAAACCACCCCCUUGUGGUAUUUCAUUGCAGCUGAAUGAAAUCAUAGAAAAAAUGAAGAAAGAUGAAGUGUCUCUCAUAGCCAGAAAUGACCCACUUAUUUUAGACUUUGCCAAGAGGUUACUACUGAAGGUUUAUCAUGAUCCCGACCAACAUGAUUAUCUGCGAACAAAGAUGCGGGAACUUGGUCGUCUGUUAAUACAGCUGAGGAAAAACUCAAGUCAGAAAAAUGCUGCCCUGGAAAGUUUCAUCAGACCUGACAGUGUUAAAGCCAUUGUUUCUGGUGUUCAACAGGUUGCUGGAUUUGAUGUUGAGCACCAUACCUUUCGAAUUCCGUCCCUAGCUCUCAAACUUGGGCAUUCUUUGCAGAAGUGUGCCAUCAUUGUCAAAUCAAAAGCUUUGGAAUCAGGUAACACCGCAGCAGCAAGAAUGGCAGAGCACUUCAAGGAAGUUUGUGAGUCAAGUUGGGAAGUGUAUGUUUCAACCCAUUCACACAGGACAUUGGGAGCAAUGAAGAGGAACAACCCAGUGUUUUUGCCAACUCAUGGUGACAUUGUCGAGAUGACAAAGUAUAUGCAUGAUGCUGGUGAUAGGUGUGUUGAACACCUCAGGAAUGAUGAGGGAGACUCGGUUAAAGAAGCCUGGAAUACCCUCAACGAAAUCACACUGUGUCAGAUGAUUUUGUUUAAUCGUCGCCGACAAGGAGAAGUUUCAAAGAUGCAAGUCACAGAGUUUGAGAAGAGGCAUACUGCAAAACCAGAUGGUAUGUGUGUACUGAGUAAGCUUGAAAUGCAUUUGUGUAAGAUUCUGCAGCUGGUUGAAAUUGUUGGGAAGAGAGGAAGCGUAGUUCCAGUGAUUUUAACAGAAAAGAUGAUCGAGAGGGUCUCCUUGCUCCUUGAGAAAAGAGCUAUUGUUGGAGUCCAGUCAGAUAAUAAAUUCCUGUUUGCACGGUCUUACUAUUCCAGUUCAGGACAUAUCAGAGGCUCUGACUGUCUGAGGAAACAUGCUAAUGUUUGCAAUGCCUCAAACCCAAAUCUUCUAAGGUCUACCAAACUUAGGAAACAGGUUGCGACAUCAUCUCAGAUGCUGGCACUCUCCGAAAACCAACUGAAUCUACUGGCAUCAUUUAUGGGACAUGAUCUAAGAGUGCACCGUGAAUACUACCAAGUCCCAUCUACAGUCCUACGAGUGGCCAAGUUGUCAAAGCUGUUCAUCUCACUUGAAAAAGGACAACUUCCAUCACAACAGGGGAGGUCACUAGACAGUAUCUCAUUUGAUGACGACCCUUCAGGUACUCAAUCAAGUGAGAGUGAAUCCGACAGCGACCACGUAUCCAACGAUCAUCGUGACCAAGCGGAUGAGAGUGGCAGGGCAAGAUGGCAGUCUACGCCAAAUUCACCAGAGGACCGAAGUUCAGGUUCUAAGAGGUCCAAGAAGCAGUGGACACAAGAAGAAAUAGAGGCUGUGAAGAGGCUGCACCACAUCCUAAUUUUCCGACUACCAGGGAAGGAGGAUAUCAUGAAAGUGAUGAGGGAGUAUCCAGUACUGCACAGAAGAACAUGGCGCAAUAUCAAGGAUUACUGCAGAAAUAACAGGGCAAAGCUAAUGAAACCCUAA